AUGCUAGAACUAUCUAUCGUGAAGCUGCUGCACUAUGGAACGUGCCAGGACGUGUACCUCUCGUGCGACUCAGCAGGUAAACAUUACGCUCUGAAGCGAAUCUACCGCGAAGAGCUAGAGCAUCGAAGGCGCUUCCGCAAUGCGUUCGGGAAAUUGGCCCGCCAGAGCUGGUUUGCUGACCUCCGUCGAGCUGUCACCAUCCAGCUGCUGGUUCAGAACGAGCGUUGCGUUCGCUGCCUGCAAAUAAGCGGAUUCGACCUUCGUCUGGAUGAUGAAAGCGCCGUCGACAAAGAGAUAGAUCUCGUGUUAGAGUGGUGCGAAUGCGGGAGCCUCAUGGAGUUAGAUAGCUUCGCCAACAAGAUUCCAUGCAUACCUCACGACGUUCUGCGGUGCGUAGCCCAUGACGUGAUUCAAGCGCUCGAUUACUUGGCCACGAUUAAGGUGGCGCACGGCGACGUGAAGCCGGACAAUGUGUUCAUGCAAGCCAGCGGUCGCUGCAAGCUUGGAGACUUUGGCCAAUCUCAGAUGAUGACAGGCGACGGCAAAGUGACCGGUGCUCGCGGUAGCUAUUACUUUCUUGCUCCGGAGAUUGCCUCCAAUGCGUUUGAGCUGCUCGUCAACAUUGCCCACUUCGACAUCGAUAAUGAGUUCGCCUGUGUACGCGCUGCAGGGGAGCCGAUAGAGCCCGAUUUCGAGAGUUUCAUCCGUGGUGUACUGUUGAUGGCGGAAGAGAAGCGUCACAACAAGUAUCGCCGCGACAAGCCCUGGGAUGAUGAGACUGUCGACCAUUGGAAGAUCGAGCCCUUCCCAGAGGAAGACAACAAACCUCCACUGCUCGAGGAGAGCUCAUUCGCUACACUAUUCCCGAAAUAUCGCGAGAAAUACCUGCAGUCCGUUUGGGGCGAUGUAAAGCGGGCACUCGCUGCGUACCACAUUAAGUGCGAACUCGACCUCGUGGAGGGUUCCAUGACCGUCUUUACCACUCGUAAAACAUGGGAUCCCUAUAUCAUCAUCAAGGCUCGUGAUAUGAUCAAGCUGCUUGCUCGCAGCGUGCCAUUCCCGCAGGCCAAACGCAUCCUUGAGGACGGCGUGUUCUGUGACAUAGUUAAAAUAGGGGGCAUACUGCGAAACAAAGAGAAGUUUGUGAAGCGUCGCCAGAGGCUUGUUGGCCCUGGAGGCUCCACGCUUAAGGCUCUCGAGUUGCUGACGCAGUGCUACAUUUUAACGCAAGGUCAGACGGUGUCUAUCAUCGGUUCCAUAAAAGGCAUCAAGAUCGCACGCAGAAUCGUAGAAGACUGCAUGAAAAAUGUGCACCCCGUCUACCAUAUAAAGGAGCUGAUGAUAAAGCGUGAGCUCGAGAAGGAUGAAACACUGAAAAACGAAAACUGGGAACGGUUUUUGCCUCAGUUCAAGAAGCGCUCAGUGAAGCGCAAGAAGGUGAAGAUCGUAAAGAAGAAGUCCACCGGACUCCUGCUACCGGAGCAGACACCGCGUAAGGAGGAUCUGCUACUGGAAUCCGGGGAGUACUUCAUGUUGGAAGAAGAACGGCAACGACGGAAGCAGCUUGAAAAGCUGGAAACGCAGCGCUCGAAGGGUGCAGAGAAGCGUAGGCGGAAGGCCGAGGCUUACGACCCCGAGCAUAAUAAGAUCGCAACACCUUCCGAGGAGAAGGUGCGCGGGCCCUCGGAAUCCGAGGAGCCCAUUGUCGCGCUUAAAAAGGGCGCCAAGAAAAAGCAAACACCGGUGUUCAUCUAA